AACGAUAAAAUUAAUCAGCUUUGUGUCGGAACGUGCUCAUCUUCUCCUCUCGCUCUAUCAGAGAACAACACCCCCCCCAAAAAAAAAAAUCCAAACCCAAGAAAAAGAAAAUGGGCGGGCUCUUCUCCUCCCCCGCCGCAUCCGGCGCCGCCGACGACGGGGCCCCCUCCGCCGUCGUCGCGAUCCACUCCGCCGCCCAAUGGGACGAGCACUGGGAGUCCCACAAGAACUCCAACAAGCUCAUGGUGAUCGAUUUCUCGGCUUCGUGGUGCGGGCCGUGCCGGUUCAUCGAGCCGGCCUUCAAGGCCCUCGCCGCCAAAUUCACCAACGCCACCUUCGUCAAGAUCGACGUCGACGAGCUCUCGGAAGUGUCGCGGAAGUGGAAGGUGGAGGCAAUGCCGACCUUCGUGCUUAUCAAAGGUGGCCAGGAGGUGAGCAGGGUGGUCGGUGCCAAGAAGGACGAGCUCGAGAGGAAGAUCCAAAUGUUCAUCGCCUGAGAUCAAAGAGUUUGCUGCUCUUAUCUUAAUAAUAAGUUCAAUGAUACUUGCUUUUGUGAGCUUCCGCUCCGCAUGCUGUGUCUACAUAAUUGCUAUAUUUGAAAUGGGUGUAUGUUCCUAUAUAUUGCUAUAUUUGAAAUGGGUGUAAGAUAGCUUUUGUUUUGGAGAUGAAUGAGAGUGAUUCGGAUUUGGUUAUGGGGUUC